GCACGGCCGAAGGACGGAACCAAAGACGAACUCCAGGUGAAGUCUGAAAUGAAGGAAGAAGCCCAGGAGCGCGGCAAGGCGAGCGACACCAAACUGGAACUCAAGGAGACGCAGGCCGUGAAAGAAGAAGUAAAAGAGGAGGAGGCGGCCCAGCACACGAGGGAGCAAGUCAAAGAGGAGAUCGCUCAGAAGGACAUGAAGAAGGAGGUAAAAGAGGAGGUUUCGAAGGAUUCACACAUGGACGUGAAGACAGAGAUCAAAAAGGAGGCGUCAAAGAACAUGUCAAAAGAAGUCAAAGAGGAGAUGCCGCAGAAGGACAUGAAGCAGGAGGUGAAGGAGGAGGUUCGCCCCGAAAUGAAGCCUCAGAUCGGAGAUGAGGUCGUCCGGUGUCGUCGAAGGCUGCGCACGAAGGUCAAGGCUGAGAUCAAGCAUGAGGUGAAGCAAGAGGACCACGACUGGCAAUGCCGGGUGACAGGCAUGAAGCGCGAGCUGGUGGAUGAAGAAGAGCAGGUGUGUGUUAAGGAGGAGCAUGCUGAGCAGGCUGGUCCGAUCCAAGAAGCCAAGAGGCGUCGCAUCAGCCAGAAGAAAUCGGAAACUUCAGUUCCAUCCUUCGAGUCGCGAAUGACAGAGUGGGCCGAGAAAUGCCUCGCAUUUCAAUCCUCUGGCAAGACGUGGCUCCCUACGAAGCCCUGCUGUCCGGCUAGCCCAUUUCUCGGAUUAGCAGGUGCUCCGUGGCAAGGAUGUGCAAGAGACAAGACAACAGCAUGCGUGCAGCUCCUCGGCAAAGAUCAGUUCAGAGAGUUGCGCGACUUCUACCGCGAGAAUCCACACCAUGCCCUUUUCCAUGACAGCAGCGACGCAAGCAGCGGGCGACAGACAGAGACCACUGUUGCAUCUAGGCUGCAGGCUCACAGGAGCUCCACCGGCAAUGAGCACCGAGCAGCUGAGUGCAUGAAGAUGUGGCCUUGGAUGCGGGAUCUUCCAACGCGAGCUUGGGCCGGCAACGGCUGGCUGCUCAUGGAAGACGGCAUGAUGAAGCUCUCGCCGACCGGAGGGGGCUCCGCCAUGCAGGGCCUCGAGAUCUUCGAGUCCGUGGGCUCCGUCCCGGAACCUGGCGAGCCGAAGUCUUCGGAGCCAUCCAGCAGAGCCGAGCCCAGAGCCGAGCAAAGCCAGGUCGUCACGAAGAAGUUCCGCGGCCUGGAGCGCCAGAGCGGCAUCCAGGGAAUUUGUUGGAACAGGCUGAUGGCUCUUUGGCGAGUCUCCUGGCAAGAAGGGGGUAAGCGGCGGUUGUGUCAGUUCCCCAUCUCCAAGCACAUGAAGCUGGGCCUCAGCGAGGCCGAGGCCGUGGAGGCCUCCCUGGAGGAGGCCAAGGCUUUCCGCGAGGAGCUCGUGCGCCAGGGGAAGCUGAAGCCGCCGAAGCCCAUCACGGGGAAGGCCUCCGGCUCCAUGGUGAGGGGAAUUAAGUAUGACAAGAAUAACGGAACCUACCGAGUGCAGAUGACAGACCCCUCGACCAAGAAACUGGUGCACGGUGGCAUGUUCAAGGUGAAGGAGGAGGCCGAGGCCCGGGCCCGGGAGCUGGCCCGGGAGCUCGGGGUGGAGUCCGAGGGCGGCGUGGUGCCUGUGAAGCCGCUCUCCGAGAUCCCUCACUUCGAGCCGCUGGGGCCGCAGCCAGGGAUCAAGUGGAACCGCGGCGAGCAGGCCUGGCAUGCCCAAUGCAACGUCUCGGGAAGCAACAGGAACAUGAGGUUCCGCCCGAAGGACUUCUCGGCGAAGGAGGUGGAGAAGUCCUGGAAGCAGGCGGUGGCCUGGCGCCAGCAGCAGGAGAAGGAGAGGGAGCGGGCUGAGCAGUCCCAGAAGCGAAAGCGCUAA